GUUUCCCAUAUGACACCAUCGCCAACGUGGCAGUUACGUUAGCCACAUGUAACACUCUCAUUCCCGUUAAAGCCAGCUAAGCAGCUACAUCGGAUUCUUCUUCUUCCCACUCCUCAAAAUUCUCUCCUCUCCAACGGCUAUAUCUAAAACUCUUUCUUGCAAAUUCAACGCUCUGUAAUGGUCGGCGUGACAGUGGGGCCCACGCCCCUCUUUCCUUUUAUUAGCCCUACGGUCCGCUCUCACUUUUCUCUCCCACGCGCCGUUUCGCACUCCCUCACUCCGCUCUUCCUCUUUCUGCCCCCUCACGGUCCGGCCAUGACCGCCGCCGCCACGGAGGCCGCCGCUCGUUCCCUCAAGAUCGUCAAGCUCUUCAUCGCCCUCCUCCGCCGCGACUUCAACUCCUCCAAAUGCAAGACAGCGGCAAAAAUGGCGGUGGCCAGGAUAAAACUGCUGAGGAACAAGCGGGAGGCAGUGGUGAGACAGAUGAGGCGGGACAUUGCUCUCCUUCUCCAGUCUGGGCAGGAUGCCACUGCUCGUAUUCGGGUUGAACAUGUCAUAAGGGAACAGAAUGUCUUGGCUGGAAAUGAGAUUAUUGAGCUCUUCUGCGAGUUAGUAGUGGCUAGACUAUCAAUAAUAGCAAAACAAAGAGAAUGUCCACCAGAUCUAAAAGAAGGGGUUGCUAGUUUGAUUUUUGCCGCUCCGAGGUGCUCGGAAAUACCAGAACUUUCUGCACUUAGGAACGUUUUUGAGAAGAAAUAUGGCAAAGAUUUUGUCUCUGCUGCCACUGAUUUAAGGCCCAACUGUGGAGUGAAUCGGCUGCUCAUUGACAAGCUCUCAAUUCGAACUCCGUCGGGUCAAGUGAAGCUCAAAAUAAUGAAGGAGAUUGCCAAGGAGCACCAGAUUGAAUGGGACACAACGGAAUCUGAGAAAGAGCUGCUAAAGCCUCCUGAAGAACUUAUUGAAGGGCCUCGGACUUUUGUCAGUGCUGCCAGCUUACCUGUGAAGCCUAUGGCAAACCAAUCUGCUCGAGAUAUUGCCCAGAUUGGAAGAACAACGAACAGUCGAGAGGAUGAUACGCACUUUCAAGAUACAGCUUCUGCUGCAGAAGCUGCUGCGAAAGCGGCGAAGCAAGCGAUUGCUGCUGCACAGGCUGCUGCCUAUUUGGCAAACAAAGACUCAAACAGAGGUGGUCGAGGUGGUUUGGGUUUCGGUCUCGAAUUUGAAGGUCUUCCGACUAAUUCUAGCCCAACCAACUCUCAUAAUAUGGAUAAUCAUCAGUUCAAGGCAGGAGAAGAGACGACAAUCCCACCUCAGAGCUUAGGCAGAUGCUCCUCUCUGAAGAAUAAUGAAGAGACCAGGAAUGUAAAUACAAAUUAUGAUGAGGCUUACAGAAGAUAUAGCUACAAUCCUACAGACAUAAAGUUCGACGAAUCAGAUUGUGAAGAAGAAACUCAAAUGGACGACGAAUCUAGAGGGGCUACUAAUCAACCUCCUGACCGGAAUCCUCCUCCUGUACCCUCGUCUCGGGUUCACCCGAAGCUACCAGAUUACGAUACACUUGCUGCUCGCUUUGAAGCUCUCAAGUACAAAAAAAUUUAAACUUAAUUAGUCUGAAUAUGUUGCCAAUGGUGCAUGUUAACUACUCGGCCUUUUGCAUUCAAAAUAAACAAGUAGUUUAAGACACUUAUUUGUUACUGUUACACUAUCUUAUAUAAUCAAAUACUGUAGAAAAGGAUCAGUUUAUGAGUUCAAAAAUGCAAAUUUUUUUGGAUA